AUGGAUAGGAAAGUUUUAGUAGAGGAAAAACAUCUACACACUGCCAUAUUCACAAUGGUAAUUGCCUUGUUAAUGCUUUGUUUUCGACGCGCUGUGGUGGUGUCCUUGGUAGAGCAAUGGCGUGCUCGUAUAUUUCUUCUCUUGAACCUAGUGUUGCUAGCCGUCUUAUUCACAUCUCUUCACUUCUGCACCGGGUCAAGCGCUAAGGAUCACCACGGCAACAGCAAUGUAGAUGAGAAAAUUGUGGCUAAUAAACAUAAAUCCGAUGUAGUAGUAACUAAAAGUAGUGUUAGUACUACUUGUAAUGGUCAAAGUUAUGAAUUGACAGGUAAGAAGACAACAAGCAAUGUUGUUAAUAGUAAGGUGGAAAAAGAUAUGGAGUUGUCAGAAGAAGAGCUUAAUAGAAGAGUUGAAGCAUUUAUUGCUACGUUUAAACAGCAGUUGAUCUCUGAUUCUAAGAGAAGAACAAGAGAUGUUUCUGCUAGUAAAUCUCGAGGAUAUACGAAGCAACUUUUUCAUUAGCGGAUACAAAUUUCAUCAUACACCUGAGUGUAGUUUUUGGCCUUUUCACAUCUCCUGGACUUGAUGAGCAAACAAUUUUAU